AUGGGGAAGAGAAGAGUGUGGCUUGGAACAUUCGAAACGGCAGAAGCGGCGGCGAGAGCUUACGACCAGGCGUCUCUUCUAAUGAACGGCCAAAACGCUAAGAUCAAUUUCCCCGUUAACGAUGUUAACUCUCCGUUAAUGUCGCCAACGUUGUUAUCCGAGCUCGUGAACGCUAAGCUAAGGAGGAGCUGCAAAGACCUAGCGCCGUCGCUGACGUGUCUCCGUCUCGAUACCGAUAGUUCCCACAUCGGAGUUUGGCAGAAACGGGCCGGGUCAAAAACGAGUCCGAACUGGGUCAUGCGUCUUGAACUUGGGAACAUAGUCAACCAAAGUGCAGGUGAUUUGGCAUUGACUACAACGAUGAAAAAAAACGUACUGGACAAAGAGGAAGAAGAAGAGGAGACUAACGUUGAUGAGGAUCAACUAGCUAUGGAAAUGAUCGAGGAGUUGCUGAACUGGAGUUGA